CUCCUGCCUCAGCAUCGAAGGCUUCGAGUGGCCAAUGAGGAUUACGGAGUUGUAGCAAAUAGCAGAGUGUGCAGAAAGGGAGAGGAGUGCAGAGCCUGUUGCUGUCCCAUGAUGCAUCUACACAUGAAAGAGCAGGAUCAGCCACACAGAGGGCUGUUUCUAUGGAUACCCCUGCCCUGGGUAGUAUUAAUAAGACUCACUGAUAUUCUGACUAUCUGUCCGUGAAGGAAGUACAGAGAUUAUUAGUGUCUCCCUGCAGCAGACUCCAGCGUCAGAUAACAUCCGUAUAGCAGUGAAAGGCAAAUUCAUUCUUUUUAGAGUUGGACGUUCUGUAGAUUCUUGAACAAAAUAUGUUCAAAUCCGUAGGCGCACAAUCAUUGACUAAAGCAAAUGUUAGAGAUCGUUCCACUUGGCUUAAUAUAUUUUGAUCCUUUCUGAGGGUCCUUUUUGUUUGGGGCCCAGCCACUCCAGUUCAAAUGUGAACAUUGACAGCAAAUGGUUUGAUAAAAUUGAGAUUUAAUAGGAAUCUGCCCACACAGGACUCGAAGAGGAGGUAAAGUGAUGCACAACUUGUUCUGAGGCCUGAGGAAUGAUUCAAUUUCGGGGCUCCUAAAACUGCCACAAUCUUUCGCCAGACUAGUCUCUGCAUUGUAUUUUUGGCCUUGGCUACAUGAUAAUAGAUCCAUAUGCACUCGCUACCCAAAGAAAUGUCUAGUUAUGAUUCUGGACUCACCAGCAAGAUGUGGCACCAGACGAUAACACAGCAGUUUUAAUUAAAGAAAUUGUGGAGAUCCAAACUGAGCAAUCAUGGCCAGACAGGACACUCCCCUCUUCCUCCAUGGCUUUGACCUCAGUGGUCACUUUGUUGACCUUCGACCUCUCGGCACAGGUGUCACCGGCCUGGUGCUCUCAGCUGUGGACCAGCGCAACGGACAGCGCGUGGCCAUUAAAAAGCUGGUGAUGCGCGACGCCGUGACGGUGAAACAUGCCCUGCGGGAGGUCAAAAUCACCCAUCGGCUGCACCACGAAAAUGUGGUCCAGGUUCAUGAGGUCUUGGCACCAUAUGGACGCCCGCUGCCCCGAGACCCGACCCAGCUCAGCGCCCUGUACAUUGUCCAGGAGUGCAUGGAGACUGAUCUGGCUCGGCUGCUGGAACAAGGACCACUACCCACAGGUCACGCCACUCUGCUGUUCUACCAGCUGCUGAGGGGCCUGAAGUUCAUCCACUCAGCGAACGUCCUGCACAGAGACCUAAAGCCGGCCAACAUAUUCAUCAACACGGACCAACUGCUGCUCAAGGUCGGAGACUUCGGGCUGGCGAGAAUAGUCGACCCUCGCUAUUCUCAUAAGGGCUACCUGUCUGAGGGCCUGGUGACUAAGUGGUACUGUUCCCCCCGUCUGCUCCUGUCCCCCAACAACUACACCAAGGCCAUAGACAUGUGGGCCACAGGCUGUAUACUGGCUGAGAUGCUGACUGGACGCAUGAUGUUUGCAGGAGCUCACGAGCUGGAGCAGAUGCAGCUGAUCCUGGACACAGUGCCGGUGCUGAGAGAGGAGGACAGACAGGACCUGCUACAGGUGAUGCCUUCAUAUGUCAGUCGAGGAUGGAGAGUCAAGAAGCCCUUCUCUGAAUUGCUGCCUGAAGUGGAUGCUCAGGCUGUGGACUUCCUUGAGCGUAUCUUGACCUUUAACCCCAUGGAUCGGCUGACGGCUGAAGCAGCCCUGUCCCAUGCCUUUCUCCAGCAGUACUCCUGUCCAGAGGACGAGCCCACCUCCUCGCACCCCUUCCACAUCGAGGACGAACUGGAGGACAACCUCAUCACCGAGCAGAGCCUGAGCAACAGUCAGGCCUCCAGCAUCCACUGGGACAGGUAUGAGAACAGUUUAUCAGCAGAUGUGUGUUGGCGGCAGUCGGGCGGGAGGUGCCGCUGCAUGCCCCCUGCCCACGCGUCCUCUGACCUUGGGGACACGACGGAGGAUGAGGAGGUGCAGAGGGACCCCCGGGCCAAUUCCACCUCACUGUUAGAGGAGGCGCAGGUGGACCCACGGAAAUAUUCCCACAGCAGCUCAGCUGAACGCUUCCUGGAAAACUCCCACUCCUCUCUGGAGCGGGCCUGUGGUUUGGGGCAAGGGGAACUGGACUGCGGCCGCUCCUGUGACUACAAAGUGGGCUCUCCCUCAUAUCUGGAUAAAAUUGCCUGGAGGGAGGGCAAGCCUCAACACUACUCGGAGCCUAAGCUGAUACUGGAUCUGUCUCACUGGAAGCGCAACACUAACAUCCUCCCUGUGCCUGCUGAGCCCAUCGGUGGCAGCAUGGAAGACCUGGGAGACAUGAAGGAGGAGGAGGCAGAAGAGGAGGAAGAGGAGGAGACGGGGGAUUUGUUCCAGGAGAUCUCUCGCUGGGUACAAAGCACCCAGUCCCGUCUGCACUCGCCCACUCUCAGUCCAUGUUUGGAGCCACAUUCACCCUCCUGCUACACCUUCUCCCCCCCUCUCCCUCUCUCCCCGACUGAUCUCCCAACUCCAGUCUUCCACUACACAGAAGUUGUGCGGCAACCUUCAGCUGAUUAUGAUGAACACAGACUAAGCCCAUAUCCGGCUCUUACAUCUUCCUCCAAUUCCCUUCCCUCUCUCCUCCCCACGUCUCCCACCUCUCCCCUUCCUCCUCAGUCACCUCCAACAGUUUCUCCCCCCAUCUCUCCCCUACUUUUUCCUCCCUCAGAAUCUCAGCCCCUUUCCUCUACUUCCUCCAUUUUUCCGCCUGUCAACGAGGACUCCAUGGAGUCGCUUCCUGUCAAGCAAAAGGAUCGUCUAUUUGACCUGGAUGUCUUCAUAUCCCGAGCACUGAAACUGUGCAGGCAGAACAAGGAGAAAGCAGACGGAAAGAAAGGAAGGGAGAAAGAUGGAGGGUGGAGGGACGAGAGCAAACAGCCGAACAUUAACAGAAAGGUGCCCAGGCUUCCAGAGUACAGGACUCCACCACCACCACACACCCCUAACUCUUGAUGUUUAAUUUCAGCUUCAGGCCGAAAACAUUAUUGCAUCAUGACAGGCAACAUUUCCAAAUGCUUUACAUGGUGAGUAUGCUGCUUGAACACAAGACCUGAGUGUUUUCAGCAACUUAUGUACUGAAACAAUCCUGCAGCUUUGUCAAGAUGUCCUCUCAGGUCAGAAGAGGUCAGACAGCAUUUGGGGUAAAUAUAAAUAACCAUGCUUAUAGCAAUGAGUUGUCUGAUGUGAGGGUAUUUAGAAUCAGUGAGCUAAUUUAUGUUUGCGUAAUAUUUGAAUUUCUAUAAUUUGUCAAGUUUAAGAUAAAUUUGACUUGAUUACAGCUUAUUUUGCAACACAAAUUUCUAACUAAUGACUUCUAGGGAACAGUUAAUAAGAGGUAUGCAGGCUAUUGAUAACUAAUGGAGAGGUAUCACUUGGUUUAGUUUUGCUCUGGUUUUGUUUUUGCUCCUGCUGAGUUUUGCUCUGGUUUUGUUUUUGCUCCUGCUGAGUUUCAAUCAUUCAGUCAUUUCUCGAAACGUCCGGCUGUCUUCCAAAGGUGAUGUUCACCAAAUAAUGAAAGUGACACAAGAAAUGCUUCCUCCAUGUUUCUCUGAAUGUAUUAACUGAAAAGUAAUCAGUCAAAUUAUGAUACAUGGAAAAACCAUGAGGCUUUUUAUUUGUUGAUCCGUCAACAGUAACUUGAUGAGCUCUGUCACUGAUUCAUGCCUUGUAAACUUGUAUAAAACUCUUGUCUUAUUUAAUUCUAUAAUAUAUUUCUUAAGACUAUUGUCUUGAUAUCGUGUCUGAAGUAUUUUAGUUUUAUUAGUUGAACGCUGGAGCAGUUUUAUGUUAACUUGGAGUGAGUUGUAUUCUGUGUCAUGUGAAAUGCUCUGUUGUUGUAAUUUAUGAUUUGUUCAGCAGAUUGUGCUCUAGUUUGAUUGUUAAUAGUUUAAUAUAUUUUCUGCCGGAAACUGGGGUCAUCAUCUGCUGUUCACUUAACUGUGCUCUCCUCUCUGUACCGGACAGACAGUCAUCUGUCAUCAUUCAUCGUUGGCCACAGAAAUCUCAAACAACAUCAGCAUUUAUUUUGGAGAAUGUAGAUCCUUUGCAGCUUUUCUAGGAAAUGAUUUGUACUCAAAAUGUCUCAGUGCCACCCAAAAAAAUUUGAGAUAUGGUGGCGAAAAUAAAUCAAGUAUAUUUUGGUAUUGCUCGAACAAGGCAACCAAAUCAGGUAAAAGAUACAAUCAGAAACUGAUGAAGGCCAUUGAUUUGUGUCACAAAAACUCAAUCGUGUACUUCUGACAUUCAUUUAACUUACCAAAAUAAUAAGGUAGUGGUUGGCAAAUGGAAACAUAGAAAUUUUGGUUACUCUAGAGAAGAAGUACACUUGAAUUCAUGUGCCCCUUAUUCUGUAGAGGAAACAGUUUCCCUUUUGCUCUGCUGUGGCUGUACACUUUGAGUACAUGCAGCCCAUAGACAACAGUCCGUGGGCUGUAAAUACACAAGGGUACAGCUACUGGAAAUGUCAGAGGUCACUGACAUGUUAAAAUAAACUUCCAGGACAGAUACACCGCCCCAAAAUAAGAAAACAUUCAAGCUUCAGUCCAGCAUCUGAGACCCAAAUCUGACGAGAAUUUCUAGUUCAAGUCUCUCAUGACCUCUUAGAUAUCAGCUAAAUUAAAUUAGUCUAUAGAAUCCAUGCAAGCCACACUCAGAACACUAUGCUUUUGUUUGCAGGAUUUUAUGUUCUCUUUCCAAGCAGUUUGCAGCUGUUAACAGGUACUGCACAUAUAACCUUGCGAAAUGCGUACUUCCAUAAUAUCCGCAGCUUUUAUACGCACUGUGGCCAACAAACACAGGAUAUUAGCAGAUCAUCACUUGCACAACAUAGUAUGACUGCCUAAGGAUUGAGCCAUAUGGGAGAAAUGGUAACGGUGCAACUUCUGAUACAGCAAAGCCAGGUGUGUUCUUUUAUAUUCACAUAAGACAUGAAGCACAUUUAGAGUCACUAGCACAUUUAGAAAUAAAGGUUUUCCUCAGUGAGUACUGAUACUCCACCACUGUCAAUGUUCAUUUUAAGGUUUUAACCAGGGGCAAAAGAUUGCUGGACAAACUGACAAAAGGGUGAAGUGCAAAACUGUCCAUUUUCAAGUCCAGAAGCUUUUAAUUAUUUAUUAAAAAAAAUAAAAUCUGUUCUGUAGUUAAACUAAUUUAAAUAAAUCAGUUUUUUAACCUAUACAGGUCUAAUGAUCACAUUUUGCAUCAUACAGUUUCCUCUGCAGGUAAUCUAAGCCAGCAAUAACACCACUGACUCAUAACACACUGUAACACAUGUGGUUACUGAGCCUGAGUUAAUUCUUUUAAAUGUGUGAAGCAAUGUAGAAAAUGUGCCUCAGUACACCUCAAUGCUUCCAGCUUGCUGAAUGUAACAUAUCCUCCUCUGCUGUCUGCAUGGCUUUUCACAGAUAUUCAUAUCGCUCGAACUCUGUUGUUUUUACUACGUCACUUUGUGAAACUGUCAUAUUUUUAUGGGCUCUGAUUUCUUUUGCACAGAGGCUCCAGCUUCUCAUUUAAGAAAAGCUGUGAGGUUUUUAAAUGCUCAGUAUUGAUUGAUAGUUUCUCUUUUUGCAGUUUCUGCUUUUGCUGGACAAUUAAUAAACCAAUAGUUAAACUAUUA